ACGCACGCGGCUAUGGUCGUUACUGUUAUGCGUGGUCUACAUUUUAUCAGGAGUGGCGCUGCUAGGCAGCUCUGGCUCUGCCCAGGGUCCAGUAAUCGUGAGUUUUUGAGUUGUCGGAACCGCCUGAUGCAACGUCAGUCGGCGCAUUGCCAUUGCCAUUGCAUUGGUACUAUUAAAAGUAAGUAAGGCGGCAUUGUCACGAUGAGGGCCGUUCACAUCCUUACGCGAAUACCGGGGCUGGGUGCAAGCGUGCAGCAGCUGAUGCCUGCCGUCACAGUGGUCGAUCACAGCGCCAGCGUCGAAGAAGAAUCGAUGAAGCCCCUCGAACAGUUCGCGGGACUGGCGGAGGCAGAGGUGCUUCUUGCAGAUCCCGACCUCGCCGCUCAGGUCAUCAACAAGCUGCCCAAACUGCAGUGGCUGCAGUGCACAUGGGCGGGCGUGGACAGGAUCAUGGAUAGCGUGGCCGAGCGUCCGGCUGCCAGGAUCACGCGGUUUGGUGGCGCGUUUGGCCCGGCCAUGGCCGAGUACGUCAUUGGGCAGAUUAUCGCUCGUGAGCGCAACUUCGAGCUAAUGAGGGAGCAGCAGAAGAAAGUUUACUGGUGGCAGGCGCCUUUCAGGAGUUAUCGGCUAUUGUCCACUCUCUCUAUCGGGAUUCUUGGAACGGGCGAUAUAGGGAAGGAAAUUGCCCGCAUAUGCAAACUCUUUGGCAUGAAGGUUUGGGCAAUGGUAAGAACGAUACCAACAGAGCGGAAGGAGUACAUUGACGAAUACAGGACAAAUGAUGGCCUAGCAGAGAUUUUGUCUGCUUGCGACUACAUCUGCAGUGUGUUGCCAAAUACAGUUGAAACCAGGGGCCUUCUUAAUGGCACUCUACUAAAGAAUUGUAUGCCAAAGAAAGCAGUUUUUAUUAAUGUUGGCAGAGGUAGCGUCAUUUGCACCGACGAUCUGCUGACGGCGCUGAAGGAGGGCUGGAUAGCCGCCGCCAUCUUGGAUGUGUUUGAGCGGGAGCCAUUGCCAGGCGACUGCGAGCUGUGGCGUCUGCCGAACGUGGUGCUGACGCCGCAUGUGGCUUCGAUGAGCAUGAGCUGGCAGGUGUCGGACGUGUUCGCCAACAACUACGAACGCUUCACAGCCGACGAACCUCUUCGCUACCUUGUCGACUGGGAGAAGAAGUACUGAAGCAGCAUGCGGAGUUGUUCAGAGCCUCUGUAGGCUGGUUGGAGGGAGAGGAGAGCUGGACGCGGAGACGGAAAUGAGCGAGGGGAGGCUGGGAGAUUCUAGUUGCACAUCGAUGCAGGUUUGCCAUUUAUUCGAGAAGUGUAUUUUUUACAAGUUUUAUUGAAUCAUGAAAUUGUUUCCAGAAUCCUUGUAGCUAAUGUGUAGACUUUUGGGAUGAGGCAAAGUUUGUUGUUAUUAUAAUUUUUUGAUCUAAAUGUCAUUGAUUCAACUAGGAAUUUAUGCACAGGAUGCUGAUGAUAAUUUUGGUGGGUUGGGAUCGCACAGUGGCUUAUAUUUAUAGUAACUAAAAGAUAGAUUUUACUCUAAUUAAUAAAAAAUGAAAUGAAUCUAUGCUCAUAUAUAGUUCUGUUGUGGGAAAAAAAUCAAGUUAGAAAUUUUCGGGGGCGGGGGCCCAUUCUAGGCUUUGAUAUAGUGAUUCAAAUUACCUCUAAUAGCUCAACUGCUAAUUAGUGCAAUCAGUGCUGUGAAUUCCCCAGUAAAAUUAACCUCCCUUUGUUAAGUGCAUAUAUAAACAUACAAACUUGCAAACUCAAACUGACUGUUUACUGUUUAGUCAAUCUUGGUCAAUUAGUGACAUGCAUAGUACUUAUAUCCAUCUAUGCGAGACAGAAUCUGGUAUACUAGGUAUCAAAAGCCUACACAGGUAUCAAAAGCCUACACUGGUAUCAAAAGCUUACACAGCUGGAAUAAUUUAAAGUUGUUGUACAGCUUCAGCCGGUGUUUUGGUAUAGUCUAGACUUUAUAUGCUAGUCAUAUAUUCACCUCAUGAAUCAAUACCUAUAUAUAUACACCAAUACACCAAUAUAUGUCAUUGACCUACCUGCUGUGACAUAGAGGCAAUAUAGCAGAAUAAUAGAUGUUUCUAUAUUAUAAUACAUGAAUGGAACAUGUAAGUAAGAAACAUAAAUGUAGUCGACCGGUGUGUAAAAUUUUCUAAACUCCAAGCUAUUGGCAAAUGGCUGAUAGAAAUAGCUGUUAAAAUUUAGAUAAAAAAUUUACAAAUAAAAUUGAUUAUUUUUUAUUAAUUAUGAUGAA